GGAGCUGGUAUUGGCCUAAAAAUUAUCUUAUUCUUCACAAAAAAGUUGACUAAGUAUAAUCAAAUUUUCUAGAAAAUUAAAAUACUGUUGCUGAUUUUUUUUAGUAUAUUGUGUGGUUGGCUCGAGGAACCCGUUUCAAUUAUAGUUUUGGCUUUGGUUUGUACUUUUAUGUUUGUUUUGCUGGAUUAGGCAAUCGUGGGGGAGACUGUGAUUUGUCUCAGUUCUGAAAAAAGGGGAUUGAUGCAGAGAAAGCAAAUUGAGUGAAGGUUCUUGUUGGGGGUGCAAAAUGUCUUGGAAGACUUCACUCUCAUGUUCUUCACCUUCUUCUGAUGCAGCAGCAGCAACUCUACCUCAAUGGCUGAGAUUCAUCUUCCUAUCUCCAUGUCCACAAAGAGCUCUUUUCUCUGCCAUUGAUGUUCUGCUCCUGUUGACUCUGUUUGUGUUUGCUGUCACAAAGCUCUAUUCACGGUUCAUUUCCAAUGGCAGCAGAAACAACAACAACCACUCUUCAGAGCUCAACAAGUCUCUUAUCAGAAACACAAGAGAGCUUGAAAGAACAAGAACAACAACAAUCUGGUUCAAGCUAACUCUAAUUUCAACUGUUGUUCUGACUCUAUUGUACACAGUUGCUUGUGUUCUGGUCUUCACCAGUUCCACUGAGGCUCCAUGGAAGGAACUUGAUGGUUUAUUCUGGCUGGUUCAGGCAAUCACACAACUAGUCCUUGCAAUCUUAAUCAUCCAUGAGAAGCGAUUUGAAGCUGUUUCUCAUCCUCUUUCUCUUCGAAUUUACUGGAUUGCAAGCUUUGUUGUUGUUUCUCUGUUCACAUCUUCUGCAGUCAUACGUUUGGUCUCUGUGGAAGGAGGAAAGUACUUCUUCACCUUCAUGGUAGAUGAUACAACCUCUUUAAUUUCCCUCCCUCUUUCACUUUUUCUUGUUUUCGUCGCGGUUAAAGGAUCCACCGGAGUUAGGCCUAGCCAAGAAUCGCAACUUCAAGUAGUACUCGAUGAUGAGGACACAGAAAGUAAACUGUUGUAUGAUUCUUCAGCUGAGUCCAAGUCAAAUGUUACUGGGUUUGCUUCAGCGUCUGUGGUGUCCAGAGCGUUCUGGAUUUGGCUAAACCCGUUGUUGAGCAAAGGCUACAAAUCGCCGCUUGUUAUCAAUGACAUUCCAUCCCUUUCCCCUCAGCACAGAGCUGAGAGGAUGUCAAUUCUCUUUGAAUCGAAAUGGCCUAAAUCAGAUGAGAAAUCGAACCAUCCGGUUAGAACCACGCUGGUUCGGUGCUUCUGGAAGGAGAUGCUCUUCACUGCUAUCCUCGCGGUUAUUCGCCUUUGUGUCAUGUUUGUUGGGCCACUCCUUAUUCAAGAUUUUGUGGAUUUCACAUCAGGGAAAGGUAGCUCUGUGUAUGAAGGGUACUAUUUAGUGUUGAUUCUGCUUUGUGCAAAAUUUGUGGAGGUUUUCACCACCCAUCAUUUCAACUUCAAUUCCCAGAAGCUUGGGAUGCUUAUCAGGAACACCUUGAUCACUUCUCUAUACAAGAAGGGGUUGAGGCUUUCGUGUUCCGCGAGGCAGGACCAUGGUGUUGGGCCUAUUGUGAACUACAUGGCUGUGGAUGCACAGCAACUGUCUGAUAUGAUGCUUCAACUACACGCUGUGUGGAUGAUGCCGUUUCAGGUUGGAAUUGGCUUGUUCUUGCUUUACAAUGUUCUUGGCACGUCUGUGAUCACCGCGCUGAUUGGACUACUCGGUGUUCUCGCAUUUAUCGUGUCUGCUACAAGGAAGAACAAGCGUUACCAGUUCAGCGCGAUGAUGAGCCGCGACUCGAGGAUGAAGGCUGUGAAUGAGAUGCUCAAUUACAUGAGAGUCAUCAAGUUCCAGGCAUGGGAGGAGCAUUUCAAUGACAGAAUAUUGGGUUUCCGUGAGUCUGAGUUUGGGUGGAUAUCCAAGUUCUUGUACUCAAUCUGUGGCAAUAUUAUUGUGCUGUGGAGCACUCCAAUGUUGAUAUCAACUCUCACGUUUGGCACUGCGAUUUUGCUCGGUGUUAAGCUUGAUGCAGCCACGGUUUUCACCACAACAACUGUGUUUAAGAUCCUGCAGGAGCCUAUUAGGACAUUUCCUCAGUCAAUGAUAUCCCUUUCACAAGCGCUGGUUUCGCUUGAGAGGUUAGAUAGGUACAUGUCUAGCAGGGAACUUUCAGAUGAUUCAGUUGAGAGAGAAGAAGGUUGUGGUGGACAAAUUGCUGUGGAGGUCAAAGAUGGAACUUUUAGCUGGGAAGAUGAUGGCAGAGAGCAGGACUUGAAGAAUGUUAAUUUGAAGAUUAAUAAGGGAGAGCUCACAGCUAUUGUUGGGACUGUAGGGUCUGGAAAAUCUUCUCUUCUUGCAUCAAUUCUUGGUGAGAUACACAGAAUUUCUGGGAAGGUUCAAGUUUGUGGGAGUACUGCUUAUGUUGCACAAACAGCUUGGAUUCAAAAUGGGACCAUUGAAGAAAACAUUAUCUUUGGUUUACCAAUGAACAGGCAGAAGUACAAUGAAGUUGUGAGGGUUUGUUGCUUGGAGAAAGACCUGGAAAUGAUGGAGUACGGGGAUCAGACAGAGAUCGGAGAGCGUGGCAUCAACCUAAGUGGGGGGCAGAAGCAGCGUAUUCAGCUUGCCAGAGCUGUAUACCAGGACUGUGAUAUAUACCUUCUUGAUGAUGUCUUCAGUGCUGUUGAUGCACAUACUGGCACUGAAAUAUUCAAGGAAUGUGUGAGGGGAGCUCUAAAAGGCAAGACUAUUAUUCUUGUAACACAUCAAGUAGACUUCCUUCAUAAUGUGGAUCUUAUAGUGGUGAUGAGGGAUGGAAGGAUAGUCCAAUCAGGGAAGUACAAUGAUCUAUUAGAUUCUGGAUUGGAUUUUAGUGCUCUGGUAGCAGCACAUGACACCUCUAUGGAACUAGUUGAACAGGGGGCUGCCAUGCCUAGUUCUGAAAAUUUGAACAGCCCAAAGAAAUCUCCCAAAACUGCUUCUAAUCACAGAGAAGCCAAUGGUGAAAGUAACUCUCUUGACCAGCCCAAGUCUAGCAAGGAAGGUUCUAAACUCAUCAAAGAAGAGGAGAGAGAAACUGGGAAAGUUAGUUUGCAUAUCUAUAAACUCUACUGCACUGAGGCUUUUGGGUGGUGGGGCAUUACAGGAAUCAUCCUUCUUUCUGUGUUGUGGCAAGCAUCUAUGAUGGCAAGUGAUUAUUGGCUGGCGUAUGAAACCUCAGAAGAGCGUGCUCAGUUGUUCAAUCCUUCUCUCUUUAUCUCCAUCUAUGGAAUUAUUGCUGUAGUUUCAAUUGUUUUUAUAAUUCUAAGGUCCUACGCCGUUACAAUCUUGGGGCUAAAGACAGCACAGCUUUUCUUCACUCAAAUUCUUCACAGCAUCUUGCAUGCUCCUAUGUCUUUCUUUGACACUACUCCAUCAGGAAGAAUUCUAAGCAGGGCUUCCACUGAUCAGACCAAUGUUGAUAUCUUUAUCCCCUUGUUCUUCAAUUUUGUUAUCGCCAUGUAUAUCACAGUGAUCAGCAUCUUCAUAAUCACAUGUCAAAAUUCUUGGCCAACAACUUUCUUGUUAGUUCCACUUGUUUGGUUGAACAUUUGGUAUCGGGGUUAUUAUCUUGCUUCGUCUCGUGAACUAACUCGCUUGGAUUCAAUUACAAAAGCACCUGUCAUUCAUCAUUUCUCUGAAAGCAUAUCCGGUGUCAUGACAAUCCGAGCAUUCCAAAAGCAGAAGGAAUUUAGUGUAGAAAAUGUUAAACGGGUGAAUGAUAAUUUGCGGAUGGAUUUCCACAAUUUCAGUUCCAAUGCGUGGUUGGGUUUCCGCUUAGAAUUGCUUGGAAGCUUAGUUUUCUGCAUUUCUGCUAUGUUCAUGAUCCUGUUGCCCAGCAGUAUCAUAAAACCAGAAAAUGUUGGGUUAUCUCUCUCUUAUGGAAUGUCAUUAAAUUCUGUGAUGUUCUGGGCUAUAUACAUGAGCUGUUUCAUUGAAAACAAAAUGGUAUCUGUUGAGAGGAUAAAACAGUUCACAACUAUUCCAUCAGAAGCAUCCUGGAAUAUGAAGGAUCGCCUUCCUCCUCCAAAUUGGCCCGGUCAAGGCCAUGUUGAUAUCAAAGACUUGCAGGUCCGAUAUCGUCCAAACACUCCUUUGGUUCUUAAGGGCAUUACUCUAAGCAUUAGUGGAGGAGAAAAGGUUGGUGUUGUUGGUCGAACAGGGAGCGGAAAAUCAACUCUAAUUCAAGUUUUCUUUAGGCUGGUGGAACCUACAGGAGGGAAAAUAAUCAUUGAUGGCAUUGAUAUUUCUGCCUUAGGACUUCAUGAUCUUAGAUCUCGGUUUGGUAUCAUCCCUCAGGAGCCUGUUCUUUUUGAAGGAACUGUUAGAAGUAACAUUGAUCCAACUGCACAAUAUACAGAUGAUGACAUAUGGAAGAGUUUAGAACGUUGUCAACUUAAAGAUGCAGUGGUUUCUAAGCCUGGGAAACUCGAUUCAUUAGUGGUUGAUAAUGGCGAUAACUGGAGUGUGGGGCAGAGGCAGUUGCUUUGUUUAGGGAGGGUCAUGCUUAAGCAAAGCAGGCUACUGUUUAUGGAUGAGGCAACAGCUUCUGUUGAUUCUCAAACCGAUGCUGUGAUCCAGAGGAUCAUACGAGAAGACUUUGCAGCCCGUACCAUCAUCAGCAUUGCUCAUAGGAUACCAACAGUCAUGGACUGUGAUAGAGUUCUUGUUGUAGAUGCAGGACGGGCGAAAGAAUUCGACAGACCCUCCAACUUGCUCCAGAGGCAAUCACUCUUUGGGGCAUUAGUUCAAGAAUAUGCCAACCGCUCCACAGGACUAUAAGAUACCUUGAGCUCCUCUUUCUCUGUCAACCUCCACCAUCCAUAUAGCAGGGCAAAAACAAAACAUAUCUUCCUAAAGGCCAGGCCUUUUGAUUGAUACUAUAAGUUCUAUAUGUAAAGUUAUAUGGCCAUUUUUGUUGGUGCAUAAAACUAGUGGAGGAAGGUGCAGUCACCAAUGCAAAUCAUUCAAACAUGAACUGUUUCAUACCUGGUGUAUUUUGACUAGACAAGCAUCAUAAAUGCUUGUAAAUGGUUUUCUAUUUACAUUCGGCUAAAGUAGCCUUACUCUACAAAAGAUGUAGUGAUAGUAGGUCCUAAUUUUAAUUCUACAACACAAAGUGUAAUGACAAUAAGCGGCACCAUUGCCUUUGCAUUAUACUUCGAGAUUAUGAAACAUUAGUAAUAGAACAUGCGCUUUUAACA